AUGUGUGGUAAUUAUUUAUCUACUGAUAAGGAAAUUGAUGAAAUAAUCAAAUCUUGUAUUCCAGAAAAUACUUUUACUAGUAAAGAACAGCUUGAAAAGAAAAUGACAGAAUUUUUUGUAAUAUAUGAAAAUUCAAGAUGA